CUGGACAGUGCCUGGCAGAGGUGCCCCCCACUCCCGAGCUUUCCCCUCUCCCCCAGCAGCACCUGCCUUUAGAACAGUCCCUGCCGCCAGCGUGGAUGAGGUCUAAGCCCUUCUCAGAGGGACUUUUGCAUUUAGGCAAACUUCGAACUGUUGGGACACAGCCGGCAUGGGAAGGAACCAAAUCUACUACUCCCCUGGCAUCGUUGUCUUUCUUUCCUGUCCAGAUGAAAUCAUUCACACACUCUUUUUUCACUUUUAAAAAGAAGAUUGGUCCAUAUGGUAGCAAAUAACUGCUGAUUAACUUUCACAUAUGAACCGUUUAUUUUGUACAUUGACAGAAAAGAGACUUCCAAACGCAGGCACUUGGUGGGGUUCUUUUGCAGCUGAGAAGCUCAGCAGAGAUAAAAAGAAGAAGACCGUGGGGAGUUUCUGUUUCCGUUUGUUUUUCUCUUCGAGCUGAGCUGGAGAGUAACAGGUUUGAACGGACAGCCAUCUGUUUCCCUUGACAGCAAAUCAGGAACACCAAUGGAGCAAAAUGAAAGCAGAUGUUCCGGACCACAUACAAACAGGCAACAUGUAAGUGGAUCAGAGCUGAGAAUCAUUCUAGUGGGCAAAACAGGAACCGGCAAAAGUGCUACAGGGAACAGCGUCCUCGGGAAACAAGCAUUUGAGUCGAGACUGAGUGCCCAGACCUUGACUAAGACUUGCAGUGAAGGUUGGGGAAGCUGGGAAGAGAGAGAGAUGGUCGUUAUUGACACACCAGGUAUGUUUUAUGAGAAGGACCACUCUGAAGCUCUGUAUAAAGAGGUGCAGAGGUGCUACUUACUCUCUGCCCCAGGCCCCCAUGUGCUGCUGCUCGUGACCCAGCUGGGCCGAUACACUACCCAGGACCAGCAGGCUGUGCAGAGGAUGCAGGAGAUCUUUGGAGGGGAUGCCAUGAGACACACAAUUGUCCUCUUUACCCACAAGGAAGACCUCGAUGGUGGCUCCUUGAUGGAUUACAUCCGUGACUCAGACAACAAAGCCCUCAACAAGCUGGUGGCAGCAUGUAGGGGGCGAGUCUGUGCCUUUAAUAACCGAGCUAAGGGGAGUGAUCAGGAUGACCAAGUGAAGGAGCUGAUGGACUUAAUUAAGGGCUUGAUGAUGGAGAAGAGGGGCGGCCACUAUACCAAUGGGCUGUACAGCCUCGCACAAGGGUCAAAAUGUGGAUCUGUCAGGUCAGAGGAAAAAUUAAAGGAUUUCAGAGGGAAUCUUAUAGAGUACAUGGAAAUUCAGAGAUGUCGCACAACCGUGGCCAAAGCAAAUUGCCUACGAAGGGCCCUAAUCAAAACACAACUGUGUAUUUUAUUUUGUAUUCAAUUGUAUGUCAAAUUUCUAAUUCUGUUAUUUUGUAUAUUAUACAGCAUGUGCAAUUUGUUUUACUCCUUACUCUUCAGCAUGUGCAAUUUAUUUUGUAGUUUACUGUGUAUUAUACCCAAAAAGUUAAUAAUAAUUUUGAGAAGGACCAUUGUGCAAGAAUGCAGAUCUUCUAGAUUAUAG